AUGACAGGCCCAAGUUCAGGGAAGUGCUUUCACCUGGCCUUGCUUGCCUGGGCAAGCGGUGGGACCCACGAAACUAGGCCAGCCCGUGGGCCAAACCAGUAUGACCUCGAGUCUGGGUUUGCUAAAGUUAGCGAUGAUCGACCUAAUGGUGCGUGUGAGGCCGCGGGGAUACUGACGGACUACUGGCCUGUCACCCUACCAGAAAACCCACAGCGCAGAGCAAUGGCAAAUGGGUCGUUAGCAGCCGUCAGAUGGAAGCGGAAUGCUUGGAAAAAAUCUCAAGCGGGGUAA